AUGGCGCUGCCCACGUGCGAUCGAGCAAUAACGUUUUGUAGUUUUGCCGGUAUCUUUUUUUGAGUGUUGAGAACUGUGAUAACAGCUUGGAUAACUUGUCGUAAUUCGGAAUUCCUCUCGAGAAACCUCUUCGAGGGGUUUGGAUCCAGAGAAUGGCUUCAACCGGUCAGCGGUGUCCGCUCUGUGGCGAUUCGCUUCUGAAGUUUCUCUACAACCCGAAGGGAGAUUACAUCCUGAAUUGCUCAUCGCGCGUCUGCCUCUACGGAGCCCUCCACGCGAAGGUCUAUCAUGCUUCCGAGCAAGAGCCAGCGGCUGCCACAGAAGUUACCGCAUCAAUCAUCGAUGGUGCUCAGGGAACUUGUGCCGUUGCCGUUCCGUUUACUUCGAGUUCAGGCGACAGCGGCGGUGCCGACGGCAUUUUCACCACCACCAAUGUCGACAGCAACCCAAGAGACGUCUUCAAUGAAGCUUCAAAUCAAGUCGACUUGUUUUCAACUUUCGAAGAGAUGGAUUGUGCGACUAGGGGCGACUUCCACUUGAUCGGUACGACAGGUUCGACGGGCCCGUCGCUCGCUUUCCCAGAAAGCUUCGAUUUGUGCUCGGAGGAACGUGAUGAGGACAAGGAUAUGAUAAAUCAAUGGGUCCGUGAACUGUCGGAGCAAUCGAGUGCCGCAGCUGUCCCGAUUCCGGUGACCCAACCGGUUUCUCCAUUGCUUGAGUUCCCGACGGAAGUCUUGAUGAAUCCCGCGGUCAAAGCGACACCGGCUCCAGUCCCGACGCCAUCGUCUCCGGCGAGGACGACGGCGAGGAAAGUGCGUUCGAAGUCGUCCUUAAAAGACUUCGGUCCUGGGGCCUCAGCCAGGCUAUCGGUUCCACCGGGAUCCAUCAAAAUCGAAGCGCGACCAGUCAAGAUGGUCGCCAAAUCGAAGAAACUCCUUGUCCCAAAGCUUGAGAAACCAACCCUUAAGUUACCCGCCCGUCUCCAAAGAAAUCAAGCGAUCGCAUCAAUACUCAAGAGCCAUCUCGGCGCCAGCGACGACGUCCGAUCGGAAACGAGCUCGGAUUCCGGAGUUCAAUCGGAUGCGUCGUCGGAUCUAAGUAGUUCCUCAUCGUCACUGACCCCCAUCCAGCGGCUACUUCAUAUCGAAGAGGCCAAGAAACGAUCUUGGGGCGUGACGGGCAUGCCCGGAUUCAAACCUUCCGCCACCGCGUCGAAAGGACGGUCGCGGAAGCGACCAGCUGUCACCUGA